AUGUGGAAGCACGAUUUUAAUCUCGACUUCUACGACACAGACGCCAGUUUAAUCAAACCCAAGUCAUGGCGUGCAGAGACGUGCCAUCAAGUCAAAUUGGUCAACUCGGUUCUUGAAUCAUAUCAAGCCCCUUUCAUUAAACGGUUCACAAUUUGGAUUUACGCAGACAAAUCAGCACAUAGCACGAUCACCAAAUGGCUCGAAUUCGCACAGUCGAGACAAGUUGAGCGAUUGGAUUUAAACUUCAACUCUAUGACUAAGAGUGAAGGGCGUGCGGUCGUGUUAGAAGAUUUGGUGCGAGAGAUGAGGCCUAUGAAAUAUCUCAAGGCUCUGUCUCUCGCAGCUAUGAAAGUGAGUGGUCAAGACAUCUCAUAUUUCCUCAAAAAUUGUCCCUUGUUGAGGGAACUCAAUAUCACAAAAUCGUCCUUCACGUCUAAUGUUCACGUCUCCGGCAAUUUGGAGAUUCUUUUGAUACGUGAAUGCACCUUUAGGAAAUUCGUUAUCGAAAUUUCAGCUCCACAUCUUUAUGAAGUUGUUGCUCAUGCAAAACCAGGCGCCGUACGGUUCAAGAAUGCUCCAAGACUUGCCAUAGCAAGUCUUGUAAUUGGAAGUCUAAGAUAUAGUGUGCCCGAUUUUGCUUCAACAAGUCUUUUAAGGGAUGGGCUUCCUUUUAUGCCUAAUCUGACGGAGUUGGACGUUGUAGUUUCGCGUCAGUAUGUGCACCACUGUCUUGUGCCGGUAACAUCUAUAACAUCUGCAUGUCCUCUCCUUCAGAUGUUCACUUUCAAGGCAACUUGUAAAAGAAAGCUAAAAAAAGAGUUACUAGGCUUUAGCAGCAUUGGUUUAUGA